AUGACAGCCACCUUCAACUGGACGGCCCUAGUGGUCGCCAUAACCGCCGUCUUCCUAUUCUGGACCCUAAGCUCAACCUCCUCAUCCCCCUUCACGCGCUCCUUCCCCCGCCUCGCAAACAAGCGCAUCUGCCUCCUAAUCGCCCACCCAGACGACGAAGCAAUGUUCUUCGCUCCCACAGUGCUAGCCCUCACGAAUCCCGCACUAGGAAACCACCUCAAAAUCCUUUGCCUAAGCACCGGCGACGCAGACGGUCUCGGCGAAGUGCGCAAGCAAGAACUCCAAAAAUCAGCCCUGCGCCUCGGUCUGCGUAGCGAGUCUGACGUUUUCAUCGUCAACGAUCUAGCCCGUUUCCCAGAUGGAAUGGACAAGUACUGGAGAGAAGAGGAUGUCGCGGGACUUUUGACAUCGGCGUUCGCGCCGCCGAAGGCGAAAAAUGAGGCGCCGGCUGCUACUAUUGAUGUUAUCCUUACUUUCGAUAAGCAUGGUAUUAGUAACCAUCCCAAUCACCGAUCGCUGUAUUUCGGUGCUGUGCACUUCUUGCGCACGUUGAUGAAGGGGAAGACGGGGUUCUCGUGUCCUGUUACGCUUUAUUCGCUGACGACGACUUCUAUUUUCCGGAAGUAUAUUGGUGUUCUUGAUGCGCCGUUGACGAUGUUCUUUGGCGUGUGGAGUAAUCUUGUUUCUGCGCUUGGGGGUCGAAGAAGAAGGACGGUGCUUCUUCUGGGGAUGGGCCGGCGCGGCUUUUGUUCGUGA